AUAUUUACUCUAUCAGCUACUGCUGGGCUUACAGGCGGAAAUAAACAGUGGACGGAGCGGUUUUGCUUUGUUUUCUCGGAAAAAAACGCGCUGUUUCCUCCUGAACUCAUGAUUUUCUAGGAUCCUGGGAGUUUAAAAGAGUAUCAGCAUGUUUAUGAGGACUGAGCUUCAGAACAGAAACUCCUAGAUAAAAUGGGAAGCAGAUGAUUUUGAAGAGGACGCUUGUUCUUGGCCGUGUGAACUUUGUUUUUGGACAUUUCCAGUGUUUAUCUAAGCCAUGGACAGCGUAAACAGUACGGACAACAGCAGCAUGGUCAGCAGCCGGGAGCUGUCUGAGACCAGCAGGAACGGUCCAGAUCCUCAUACAGGUGGAGGAGAAGCUGGAGGAGUUCCUUCAGGAAGCCUAUAUAGAUAUAGUGAGAGGAAAAUCUCUGUAGUUAGUUUAAGUGAUGGAAGCAUGACCCGCUCACGCAGAACCAGACUGCAGAAGCAGGCCGAGCUUCAAGGAUCUGCAGAAGCUCAGGAUAAAGGUUCUAUCACUCCAUCUAUGAGGAAGAAGUACCUGCAGGAACUGUUUCUGAACAACAAGUCUCACACCGGACUGUCUAGUAUACUGUCCUUCAGGAGCACGAGCCAGUGGCCCAGGUAUGGAGAGGAUGCAGGAGGAUACACCCUGGAGGACCCCAGCAAUGGAGCAGCAUUCUGGGCUAUGGACCCUGUGGAGCAUGCAUGGAUGCUGUCUAUAGUAGAUGGGAACUACGACACCAUGGUGGAAUUCCUCGAAGAAGAUCCCAGCCUACUCACGAGGAAGGACUUCGUAAGCGGCUACACGGCUCUCCACUGGCUGGCCAAGAACGGCAAACACGAGAUUCUGAUAAAGCUCCUGAGACGAGCUGAAAAGGCAGGCACCCCAGUGAACGUGAACCUUAAGGGUAGUGGUGGCCAGACGCCCCUACACGUAGCAGCCAUGCACAACCAGUACAUGGUGGUGAAGAUUCUAGUGGGAGCGUUUGGAGCGAACAUUGAUGCGAUGGACUACAGUGGGAGGAGGGCCUGGCAAUAUCUGAGAGACGGUGCACCUCCCGAGAUGAAGGAACUCCUGGGUGCGUGGGAUGAUGAGCACAGGUACUGUCAGCUCAACGUGAAUAAUAAUAACUGUUCAGGUCCUGCAGUGUAUACAGCGCAGGAUUCACAGAAGAGCACGGAUGAGGUGGACUUUUUCAGCAGGAGAGCUAAUGGCAGGUGGCCAUUUGGGUCAUUUAGGAAGUUAUUUUCUCCAUUUCUCUCCAGAGGCAAGAAAUAAAGAAAUGCCUGACUGUGAAUUUGUGAAUACGUUUUACAAAAGGGAGUGUCCAAUCCUGGUCCUGGAGAGUUCAAACACAAAGUAGAUCAUUAAACACACACCUGACACUAUGAGGUUAUGUUCAGUAGUGGUGGGACAAUAUAUCAAUAUAUCAACAGCUCUGGAAAAAAUUAAGAGACAAUUUUAGUUUCUGAAUCAGUUUAUCUGAUUUUGCUAUUUAAAGGUUUAUGUUUGUGGAAAAUGAACCUUGUUGUUUUAUUCUAUAAAUUACAAACAUUUCUCCCAAAUUCCACUUAAAAAUAUUGUCAUUUAGAACAUUUAUUUGCAGAAAAUGUGAAAUGGCUGAAUUAACAAAAUUAUUCAGAGCUUUCAAACCUCAAAUAAUGCAAGAGAACAAGAAAACAAGUUCAUAUUCAUAAAGUUUUAAGAGUUCAGAAACCCUGUUUUUUAAUCAGUUUUAAUGUAUCUUGGCAUGUUCUCCUCCACUAGUCUUACACGUGGCUUUUAGAUAACUUUAUGCCACUCCUGAUGCUAAAAAAUAAAAGUGGCUCAGUUUUUUUGAUGGCUUGUAAUCAUCAGAUUACACUACAAUCUAGUUGUGCAAAAAAUCAGAUUUUGGCUGUCAUCUUAAACAUACUUCUCAUAUAUUUAUAUGCUCCUGAUGGUCUUCACAGUCCUGGAUCAGGUGUGUUAGAUUAAAGAAGAUAAAAUCAGAAGGUUGAACUCCAUGACCAGGUUUGUGCGCACCAGUUCUACGGGUACCAAAUAAUUCAAAUACUGUAAAUCCUAUAAAGCACUGUUUUAUGUUUUUGUAUUCAUUGAUGAAUGAUGUUAUAAUAUAUUUUAGUACUUUAUUACACUGCACCUGUGUGGAAGAGUUGCAGAAGAAUGUAAAAAACAGAAUGUAACAUACACAACAUGUAUAUAGACAGAAGUAUUGGGACAUCUGCACAUUACUUUUUUUUCUGGAAUCAAGGGUAUUAAAGGAGAGUUGAUCCUGUU